AUGGUGGUGAUAAGAGCUGAUCCCCACCUUCAUACCCCUAUGUUUUUUUUCCUAUUCCAUUUAUCCUUCCUUGACAUCUGCUACUCUUCAGUAACAAUCCCAAAGAUGCUGCAAAAUUUCCUUGCAGCUAAGAAAAUCAUAUCUCUCCCUUUCUGCAUUGCCCAGAUGAGCUUAAUUCUUGUUAUGGCCUGUACAGAAGCUUUCAUACUAUCAGCAAUGGCCUAUGAUAGAUACGCUGCCAUCUGUGACCCACUGCGUUAUGUACACACCAUGAAUAAGCAGGUUCACAUAAGACUGGUGGGGGGUGCAUGGAUGAUCAGUAUACUUUAUGCACUAACAAACACAGUGCCUGUGUUACAUUUACAUUUCUGGGGGCCCAAUGAAGUGAAUGAUUUCAGUUGUGAGCUCCCAUCUCUACUAGAACUGUCCAGCACGGAUACCUUCAUCAGUAAGAUGACAUUUCUCACUUCAAUUAUGAUUGUAAGUUUGAGCUCAUUCUUCAUCACCCUCUUCUCUUACAUCUGCAUCAUCUCCACCAUCCUGAGGAUAUGCUCUUCUAAGGGUCGGAGUAAAGCCUUCUCUAUCUGCAGCUCCCGUCUCACUGUGAUUGUUCUGUAUUAUGCAGCUGCUUUAUUUCGAUAUCUGAGACCUAAUUCAGCCUCUUCAGUAGUUCUUGACAGACUCUUCUCUAUUCAGUACAGUAUCUUAACUCCCAUGUUAAAUCCUAUCAUCUACAGCCUGAGAAACAAAGAGGUAAAAGCAGCUUUGUGGAAUAAACUGAUGAAAAUUAAAAGCAUGUGA